AUGGCACGAUUAAUCACCGCUCUGCUGAGCUUCCUCCUCCUCACGCUCGCGUCCGCCAGCACCGUACAAUUCGAGAUCGUGCAAAACCGAGACGUCCGAACCGCACAACUGCAACGCCGCUCCCUCGUCCUACAACGCCGUUUUCUUGAUCGCCGCGCAGGAACCGUUACCGCUGCCCUCACCAAUGCAGAGGUGCAAGGGCUGUACGCCGCCAACAUCACCAUCGGUACCCCGCCACAGAGCUUCGGCGUCCAGAUCGAUACUGGCAGUUCUGACUUAUGGGUUCCUUCUGACGCUGCUUGCGCGGUGACUACGCAGCUGCAAAAUGGAUGUCCUAAUGGCCAAUUUGUCUCCUCGGCUUCCUCAACCUUCCAAGAUGUCGGGCAAGGUGACUUCAAUAUCUCCUAUGUCGAUGGCACCGGUUCCACGGGCGAUUAUUUCCAGGAUACAAUGCGCAUCGGAAGUGCUACUUUGACCAACUUCGAGAUGGGUCUGGCGACUGCUACGACGAUUGGUACGGGCAUUAUGGGCAUUGGAUAUAAUACCUCUGAGGCUAAUGUUGAUACUGGGAAUGGGACCGAGUAUGCGAAUAUGCCACUUGCUAUGGUCAAUCAGGGUGUGAUCAACUCUGCUGCUUAUAGCUUGUGGUUGAAUGAUCUGCAGGCAACUUCUGGCAAUGUUCUGUUUGGCGGCAUCGAUACGGCCAAAUACAAUGGAGAGCUGAUCUCAAUCAACGUUUAUUCCACUGGCCGUUCUCGCCGAGUCACCUCAUUCACAGUAGCAUGGACGUCCCUCUCCGCGACCAGCUCCUCAGGAACUGACGUCCUCACCGCCUCCAACUUCGCCGAACCCGCCAUCUUGGACUCUGGAACAACCAUCACCCUCCUGCCUGACGAAAUUUGCACAAAACUCUUCUCGGAGCUCGGCGCGUCAAUCAACAACCAACUCGGCGCCGUCAUCGUGCCCUGCGAUCUAGCGAAGAAUACCGGCACCAUCAACUACGCCUUCGGCGGGCCAGGAGGGCCCACCAUCAAGGUCCAGAUGUCACAGCUCGUGCUCCCACUCACCACCACUACCGGCCAAGUCCCAACAUACCAAAAUGGACAAACAGUCUGUCAACUGGGCAUUCAACCAGCUGGGCAAUUACCUACGCUGUUCGGCGAUACGUUCUUGCGAUCUGCCUACGUGGUUUAUGAUCUGGAGAACAACCAAAUCGCGCUCGCCCAGACGAACUUUGACGCCAAGAAUUCAAAUAUCGUUUCUUUUGCUAGCAAGGGAGCACCAAUUCCGAGUGCUACGCAGGCUUCAAACGAAUUAGCUGUUACCCAGACGGCGUCUGGUAAUCCGAGAGUUGGUGGCGCCACGGCAGCUGGAACGGACGCAGCAGCGACGUCUAAUCCGACUGCCACGGGCUUAAAUGCUGCGAGUGGAUUCAAGACCAGUGCGGCGCAAAGCGUUCAGCCAUUUGCGUGGUCAAAGGUUGUGGUGCUUGCUGUGAGUGUUACAUUCAUGGGGGUUGGUGGUUUGCUGUUGUAG